UGGCGCCUGUGUUGAAGAGCUAGUCGGCGGGUUUGCAGAGUUUGUUAACUGGUCUUACUGCUAGCUCGAAUUUCUUGGUUUAUUUAUUUGCCAACGCAAAAACGUAACUCUUUAAUGAAAUUGUGCGGAUUAUGACCAAUGAAAGACUGCAUCAGAAGACGCGUUUGAUUUAUUCGACAUAGUUCACUCAUAGAGUUACAGUUUACAGGAUGCAUGACUUGAUGGCUCAGGUGACCAGUGGUCUGCUGCGGUUUCCUGCAGUGACAGUGGAAGCUUUAGGAGAGGAUGAAGUGAAUUUGGACUCAGUGCUUCAUGGGAAAUUCACAACAGGUCGCAGCGUGUUGGCAUGGUUGGCGUGUGGGCCGCACUUGGAGGUGGUGCACGCAGCAACAGGCGAGCGGUUCUCUGCAUACCGCUUCAGUGGCGUGACAGAUCACCUGCAGCCCUGUGUGACGGCAGUGAGGGAGUUCAACUGGCUGAAGCGCAGCGGGCUGCUGGUGGGUCUGCAGGAGGACGAGAGCAGCAUGCUGUGUCUCUACGACCUGGGCAUUUCUCGCGUCAUUAAAGCCGUCGUCAUACCAAACAGGAUCACUGCCAUUGAGCCACUGGUGAGUUAUGGAGGAGCGAGCGCAAGUACGCAGCACCUGCACCAGAGCCUGCGCUGGUUUUUUGGCGUGGUUGCCGUGGUAACAGAUGUUGGACACGUCCUGUUGGUGGAUCUAUGUUUAGAUGAUUUCUCUUGCACUCAGACUGAACUGGAGGCCUCAGAUCUGGAGGUGGUAAACAAAUGUCCAUCUGAUAUUCCACGUCUGAGAGAGGGAGUCACUCAACAGGGACGCCACCUUUGUCUCCAGCUGUGCAGCCCCACGGGGACGGGGGUUUCAGCUCUGCACUUCAUUAGCCGCACAAAUCAGCUGGCUGUGGGCUUCACUGAUGGCUUCCUGCAGCUAUGGAACCUGAAGACGCUUAAAAAAGAGUAUCACUCUCAGCUGGAGGGCGGUCGAGUCCCCGUGUACGCCUUUAACUUCCAGGAGCCGGAAAACGACCCGAGGAACUGCUGCUACCUGUGGGCUGUUCAGUCAGCGCAGGAUCUAGAGGGUGAUGUGCUCAGCCUCCAUCUUCUGCAGCUGGCAUUCGGGGAGAGAACGUGUGCAGCAUCAGGGAAAAUUAUCUAUGAGGGUCUGGAGUACUGUGAGGAGCGUUACAGUCAGGAUCUGAGCGGAGGCAUGUUUCCUCUCAGAGCUCAGACCACACACACUCGUCUCCUCAGCUGCCAGACCAUCGAGAAGUUUCGCCAUCAUCCUGACAGAGAGGACAGCGUUAAUGAAGUGGCGUCUCCUGAUACGAGCGUGUCGGUGUUCAGCUGGCAGGUGAAGUCGUACGGACAGGGCCAACCUUCUACUUACAUCAGUGUGUUUGAUAUUAACAGAUGGUAUCAUGCACAAAUGCCUGAUUCGCUGAGAGCGGGUGAAUCUCUGCAGAACUGCCCCUACCUAGCUGUGUGGUCUCUGGACUCAGUGGUGGAGGUGACUGAGUCCUGUCCCCUGCUGGCAAUGGUGGUUCAUGAGCGCAGCCUAAGCAGAGCACUGCCUCACAUGAGCCCUCCUCCUGAGCAGUUCUACAACCCUAACACAUACAACUUUGAUGCAAGCUGUCUGCUUAAUGCUGGAAUAGUCCACUUUACUUGCUCUGGCUAUCAGAAAGAGACUCUUAGUUAUUUGAAGAAAGCCGUACCAAGUUUGAGUGAUGGGAUUUCUAACGGAUAUUCACGAUGCCUCAUGUCCGGGCUCUUGUCCUCUCGGCUUGCAGAUGUUCAGCCAUCCAGCCUAACGGAGCAGGAGCAGCUGGAUGCCAUUUUAACAACAGCAGUGGAGACGAGCGCUUUGGGUCUAAUCACAGGCUGCAUUAAACAGUGGACCACUGAAGAGCAGGCUGGAUCUGCAGUCAACCUGCGCUACAUCCUGGAGUGGGCCUGGGACAAAGUGGUCAAAACCAAAGAGGAGCUUGAUGGCAUAUGUGCUCCGUUGUUCGACACCUCAUCAAACUUUACUGAUCCUCAAACCCUGCAGCUUCUUCAACACAGCCAGAGAUUACUGAGUAACCUCAGCACAAUCUUCCACUGCCUGCUGAACGAGGCUCAGGAGCUCACACAGAGAGGUGCAAUAGGACUGUUGAAUAAGUGCAUGGUGUCCAGUCUGAUCUCUCAGUACGCUCAGGUGGUCCUGUGGUUCUGCCGUACCGGUCUCCUGCCUGAGAGCGCUGAUGAUGCCGUCCUGCAAAUAUCGAGGCCAUUUUACAGUUUCUCUGUGAUUAAGAAUUAUUACACAGGUCAAAGGGAGGAGCUUCAUAGACUUGCCAAAGAUAAGUGGAAUGCAGACUGUCUGAUGAUUGACGGACUAGUCGCUCAGUGUGGUGACCGUCUUUCAGAGCUGUGGACAAGAGACGAGGGCGGGACCGGGCAGUACCCACCCCCAUCACUACAUGCCCUGCUGGACUUGUACCUUCUGGAAAAUGUUGAGGAAUCUACCAAGCAUGCUAUUGUGAUCUAUCUGCUCUUGGAUGUUAUGUACUCCUUUCCUAAUAAGAGCGGAGCAUCAGUGGAGUCUUUCCCUACAGCUUUCUCCAUCCCCAUCGGAUUAGUGAAGCUGGUCCAGGGUCUGUGGUUACUCGAUCACCACGACCAUGAGAGCUCUCUGGACUUGCUGCUCCAUCCAUCCGUGUCUCCAUGUGUGUGGCCAUGGCAGCACUCUCGGGUUCUGCAGGCCCUUAUGAUUCAGAACAAGCACAGCACGGCAUUGCACUAUCUGCACAUGAUGAAGCCCUCCAUCAGCACCACCCCCCUCACCAAGCUGUGUGUGUCUGUACUGCUCCACAACAGGUGUAUAGUGGAGGCAUGGGCGUUGAUGAGACAGCAGGUGAAUAAACUCAGCAUGGACGAGCUGCUCAGGUUUUUCUAUGAGACUUGUCAGGAACUUGGCUUAAUGAAGGAGCUUCUCAAACUCCCCCUUAGACCCUCUGAACAGGAGUGUUUGGAGCGCUUCCUGCAGGACACUGGAGGGUUCCAGAACAGAGAGCUCCUCAUGGUUCACUAUCUUCAGCAGGCCAACUAUGUUCCUGCACUGCAAAUCAACCACACACUAAAGAUGAACCUGGCUGGUGAUCGAGAUCCUAAGAUGAAGGAGAGGUCGAACACAAGGAACUCAAUCAUGUGUCAGUACGGGAAGGUGUUGCCACGUGCUCAGAGAAAGCUGGCCAUCGAACGUGCACAACCUUAUCAGCACCCAUCCACCGUCCUCAAAGAGGUUCUGAGGCCACAGCCAUUGUCCACCGUAGCUAAACGUUCCGCUAAUGAGAGUGUCCUGAGCAGAGCAGCAUUCAUUAAAAACGUUCUCACCAAGAUUGAGGAGGUCUGGAUCAGGAAGGAAGCUACACCUGAACCCUCCCCUGUCAAGAGCCCAAAAGUCCCUGAGUCUCUGGUGUCCAGUCCGACUUAUCCAACCUUAAACAUCCCUGAGGCAUUUGUUGGAACUCCAAUUAACAUGCUAACUAAGAGAAUCUCCAGACUCUUGGAUUUGGCGGUGCAGCCGUCGACGACUCCACAGUCAUCUCACACACCUAAACCCAUCAGUUCCUGGGCUGCACCAAAACACAUCAGCAAGGCUCCUGAGCUCAGUCUGUUACACACACCUCUGGUGGUGAAGAGAGCUCGAGCUUUAGCUGCGUCUGGUCCAGUCUUCUCCUCCUUUACCCCUCAGUCCAUCCUAAGAAGCAGUCUUCGCCCUACUCCAUUAGCCACACCCACUGCAUCCCCUGCCCGAUCGGCCACACCCCCCUUACGCCUCAAAGAGAGUCGCAUCACCUUCAUGGAUGAAAGUGAAAUUCAUGUUCUGUCCAAGGGCUCGUCGUUGCACUGGGGCAACAAGCUUGCUCCAGGUGGUGAAAUUAACCAGCAAAUGUGCCCACCCCUGCCACCAGAGGCCGGAGUUGAGGGCUGGAGUGACCAUUCUGGUGAAGAAGGGGAGGGACCCAGUUUAGCGCGCACUGCUUCGUUUGAACUAAAAGAGAACCAGGCGACAGAGGAACCAAAGCAGGUCUUACCCACGCUUGAGUGCAGGCCCAGUCUGGGACAGGAGACAAGCAUACUCUCUGUCCAGUCAGAAUCCACACUGGAAUUCCAUGACGCUCCUUCUCCGGGGGAUGUGAUGAUACCUGCAUGGCAGUUGCAUGAGAGGCUUGAUGAAGAUGAUGAAGUCAUUGUCAGGCGUCCAGAGUCGGACACUUCCGCCAAAUUGCUUUUGGCUACAGAACCGAUUGUGGACCAGAAAAUGGACAAUGAUGAAGUUUCAGAAUUUGAGAUGCAACUGGAUGCAACAAAAGAACAUGCAAAAGAAGACACGGAGAAAACGACUGGGGAAUUGACGACAAAAAGCGAAGCGCAGAAUUUGCUGGUUGUUCCAGUCAGUUUACUGGAGGAAUCAAAAGACGAUGAUUCAGUGAGUCGUGAGGAUGUUGUGGCACCAUGUGAACCAAUCAAAACCUUUAGAUUGUCUGAGGAGACAACCGGAGAGGAGGAGAUCAAAGACUUUGUGCCAACUCCACCACCAAUCACUAACAUGGUCACUAUGGACAAGCCAACCGGAGACAGUCCCAAAGGGUCAGAUGAAGCAGUUGAACACUCUGUGGUUAAUAUUGACACAAUCAGUGAGCUUCCUGCUUCUAAUUAUGAUAAUGUUUUUGAAGAGCUGAAAGAUAAACCCAAGGCCAUGGAGACAUCAGAUCUGGAUGAGUUUGUUGAACAUCAGUUAUUCAGUGAUCUCUCACCUCCACACUCCCAUGCUGAUGAUAAAGAGGCUUUUGAACCCAACAGUGACCCAGGUGAAGGUGUAAAAUAUCUUAGCCCUGAGGAUGACACACACAAAUCUGUCGCCUCAUCUGAAACUGCGACCUCUGAAUCACCCUCUGUAGUCAGCCUGAACGACACUGAGGAACUGUCCAGCACUGAGGAGGAGGAGGAGGAGAACGAUGUGGAAGCUGACCAGGAGGCAGAGGAAGACUCUGGCAGUGAGGUGGAGAUUAUAGAGGAAGUAAAAGGAAACGGGACGAAGCACCUUUACCUGCAGCACCUUCAACCUGAAGAGCAGUUCUUUCAGGAGCAGACGGCCGCCGUUCUGUCUCUCGUCACCGACCCACAGCUGAAGAUGAUAGAUGGCUGCGAGGAAAAUGAAGGUCAGGUUGUUGUGGUUGGCCUGAGACCUGCAAGUCUAGAUGAUGAUGUGUGCUACACCGAACUGAAGCCCUCCACCACUCUCUUGGUUCCUAUCGAGCUGGCUGCUGAGCAUCAGGAGCUUCUGCAAGGAGCCGAACUGCCUGAGGUUUCACUUCCUGUCAGCUCUAAUAACUUCUCCCUCAUGCUGGAGGCAGAUGAUGAUGAUGAACCAGUGGCUUCAGAAAUGAAUGCUGAGAACCAUCUAAUAUGGCAUGGGAACACAGAAAAUAUGGAGGAAGAAAGAAGUGCUUACAGGGGCGAUGUCAGUGUGGAGCACACUCUUCUGGAACCUGAAGAAAAUUUAAAAAUGGAGGCUUUGCCUUCAGAAACCGUUGUGCCAGAUGUUGAGGUAGAACAGGAUGUGAUCAAAUUUGAACACAACAUAGAAGUUCAAUCUAAUCAACCAGCUGAAGAAGUUCAAACCCAGCUGAAGCUGGAAGCAGUGGCAGAACCUGAACCGCUUACACAAAGUCAACCUGAUGAACCAACGUGUGAAGCUCAAACAGCAGAUGGCCCUGAGAAGGAACCUGUGGAGGAAUCUGUUAUUAAAGAGACACUUGAUGUAACUAAGGUAUAUGUCAGCAAUGAGGCUCAAGAUCCAGGCUCAGCUGGGGUCACGGAAGGUGGUUGGAUCCAUAAUGAGAAAAUUCAUAGUGAAGAGGGUGUUGUAGCUGAAGACCAUGUUUCUGUAACUAAUAGAACUGAGGAGAAAGAUCCUAAGCUUAAGGAAGCUGUAGAAGCCACAGCUACUUUGAAUGAAGUCUAUCGAAGCCCAGCAAGAAGAGGAAGGAAGACCGUUUCGUUUCCAAUACCUAUGACGGAACUUGAGAAAGAUGCCUCUGAAGAGGAGCAUGUUGAUUCCAAAGUGCCUUCCACACCUAGGCGCAUCACAAGAAGCAGCAAGCAGCUGCUGGAGUCUGAAGUUCUCAUUACACCUAGGAGAAGCACAAGAAAAACAGUUUCUGAAGUCCAGCAGGAGGAGGUUGCAUCAAUAACAACUCCUUCACAUAAGACUCCACAGAAAGCUACACCCAGGAGAGGGUCUUGUAAAACAAGGAGCUUGAGUGCAAAUGAUGUCCAAGUCCAGAAAAUGGAGGAAACAUCAAUCGUUGAACAUCAGAGUGCAAGGAAGACUAGAAAAGGCACAACAGUCGAGGUCCCAGAGCCAAUCCCUGAGGAGAAAUCUGUGGAAAAUCAAACUAACACUAAAGAUAGUCCCAGCAGGGUGACUCGCCAGUCGACCAGGAGGCUGAGUUUAUCGCUGGAGAGCUUCCAGAUGCUUUCAGACCUUCAGAGCACAUCGUUAGUCACGCCACCAAGGAGCAAACGGAAAACCAGAGGCACUACAGAGGAAAAAACAAGCAACAAUACUUGCAUAGUGGAUGGCGCUCAACUUCAAAAUGUUUCUAGACGACUGACGAGGAGUCAGCACUGGAACGACGCAGAGAAACCCGAGAAGCCAGAGAAACUAGAGUCCACUAACCUGUUGGAAAGUGCUGUGAUGGAGAGACUGAACUAUGAACAAAAAGAGAGUGAAGUGGUUACGGAGAUAGUGCGCGCCAAGCGGCGGACCAGAUCUGUAGCUCCAGCUCCAGCUGUGGACCAUGAAGAGCAGAAUGCUGAAGCGCCAGAGCCGAUGGUUUCUAUUGAACAGGUAGAACAGGAGAAAUCACCAUCUGUUAGAAGAACAAGAACCAGCAGAGUGCCAGAACCAGAUAAGGCACAUAUUAGUGAUGGCACAUCUGGUGCUCAGAGAACAAGAGGUGGUAAGAAAAAAGGUGUGGAUGUCAACGAUACUAUUUUGUCUCCACCUGUGACUCGAAUGAGGAGAGCAGCUGUUGUCCCUGACUUCCAGCUCGAGGGAAAGGUUUUAUCAGCUGAUGCUGGAGUGGGAGCUGAAGUGGAGGUUUUAACGAAGAAGAAGAAGAGAACGACCAGAGCAAGAGCUGAGCCAGAACCCCUGACUGUAGAGCUCCUGUCUCCACUACCGAGUCCGGCAGAACCGGCCCAGCGGAAGAAGCUUGAGGAUCGGGAGGCUGUCGCUCCAAAGAUGAACCUGCGGCGGAGACGAAUGAUGGAGGCCAUUUUCCCUAAACCAGUCACACGCAGGAGGAAACUUUAACACUGAUCACCAUCAUCGUCAUCAUGUUCUUUAAUGUUUUAUUUGCCUCUUGAGCUUCCUGUGUGGAUCUGCGUGUACAGUAAACACACCUGUUUCUCUCUCCAAUUAUUAUUAUUAUUUUUUUUUAAAGGCUGGACUUUUUGCUGUUUUCUAAUUAAGGAGAUGAUUUUUGAAGUGGAUUAAGCAAACAGAGCUCUACUUUGGGAAAUUUUAUUUUAUAUUAAAUAAAUAAAUAAUCAAACAGUGACGUUUACUAUACAGAGCUCCGAGGGGAAGUCAAACAGUCUUAAAUUUUAAAAAUGUGCAUUUCUACAAAUGUAAAUAGUCUUUUAGGAAUGUUCUAAAUAAAAUUUGAUACCUGUGGAUGA